AUGGCCUCAAGCAACCCCUCAUACCUUAUUAUCGGCGCUGGCGUCUUUGGCGUGUCAACUGCCUAUCAUCUUAUCCAAAAGUAUCCCAAUGCGUCAGUGACUCUCGUUGACCGAGAUGCAUACGACGCCGAGUCCCGGGUGGCUGCAUCAUGGGAUUGGAACAAGGUUGUUCGCGCCGACUACGACGACAAGGUCUACUGUAGACUGGCUCUUGAAGCCCAAGACAUUUUCAAGUCCGAUCCCCUCUGGCAACCUUAUUUCCACCAGACUGGUGUCUACUGGACGUGCCGCAGUGACUAUGCGCAAAACGUCAUCGCCCACCACAAGGAGCUUGGCCGCAACGACGAUAUCAUUGCCCUCCCUGUUGCUGAGGCCCGAAAGCUCUACGGCGGUCUUUUUGACAAGGCUGACUACACCGGUGUCAAGGAGGUUCUCGUGAACAGGGCUAGUGGUUGGGCCGCCGCUGGAGAUUCUCUUCGAGCAAUUACGAAAAAGUGCCUGGAAUUGGGCGUCAAGUACGUGGCGGCUGAGGUUGCCACCCUGGAAUUUGAUGGUCGUGGUUCUUGCACUGGUGUCAAGACCAAAUCCGAAAAGAUCUUGUCGGCCACGCAUACUAUCGUUGCUACCGGCGCUUUCACUCCCACUUUGCUGGAGUGGAGCGCUGCGAAGAGCGGCAAUGCCGGUCUUCGGGCUGGAGAGCGAAUUUUGGCUGCUGGUAUUACGACGGGAAUGGCACAGCUCAAGAAAGAGCAGUACAAGAAGUUCGAGGGCAUGCCUGUUGGCUUCCAGGGCUACACACCCGAGGAGGGUAAGCCCUUCAUUGGUAGCAUUCCUCCUACCAAGGACGGAGAGCUUAAGUGGUGGGGAUCCAAAAUUUUCACAAAUACCCGAGAGGUGUUGCCUGGUCGUUAUAUUUCUUCCCCUCCACCCACGCACGACUACAACCAGUGGAAGGUGCCCGGGCCUCUCAAGCAAGACAUUGUCGAGUCUAGAAAUCUCUGGUACGGACCCGAGAGUGCGGAUUGGGAGAUGACGAAGCAUCGGAUUUGUUGGGACGCCUUCACCACCACCUCCGACUUUAUCAUUUCUCCUCACUCUGCCUCCAAGGGACUCUACAUCGCCACUUGCGGCUCGUUCCAUGGCUACAAGUUCUUCCCUGUGCUUGGCAAGUACAUCACACAAAUGCUUGAGGGCGAGCUGGCGCCCGAAUUGGUGGAGAAAUGGGCUUGGGAUCGACAGCGACCCGAUGCAUCUCAAAACGUGGAGUAUCCGAACUCCGAGAUGAGGCAUCUGUUGGAACCUGCCGCGAAGCUGUAG